AUGGAUUCGAAGCUUUCGUCAUCUUUCACUUCACGACUACGUAACCUGCGGAUUAAUGUAACUGGAAUCAAACCGAAGUCUCCGACUGUUACAGUGGUCGCGGUUGGAGGCAAACACUUCACCAACUCACAAAUAAUGAGCAUACCAGCCGAGAAGAUUGAACAUGAUACAAAGGAGGGACGUGAAAUUUUCUACUAUCAGGUUUGCCAACUGCUCCGAAAGAAAUGCAAUUCGGCU